AUGCCGACUCUUCAUAUCUAUCUAUCUAUCUUUGUAUCCCCAUCUAUCUAUCCAUCUAUCAUCUAUCCAUCUAUCUAUCUAUCUAUCCAGUACAUAUGGGUUUUGGUUUGGUUUGUUUUACGGCAUAUCAACCUCAAUGGGUUAUUUAAUGGACUCUUCAUAUCUAUCUAUCUAUCUAUCUAUCUAUCUAUCUAUCUAUCUAUCUAUCUAUCUCAUACAUAUGGGUUUGGUUUGGUUUUGUUUUACGGCAUAUCAACCUCAAUGGGUUAUUUAAUGCCGACUCCUUCAUAUCCAUCUAUCUAUCUUUGUCUCUAUCUAUCUAUCUAUCUAUCUAUCUAUCUAUCUAUCUAUCCUCUCAGUACAUAUGGGUUUGGUUUGUUUUGUUUUUGGCAUAUCAACCUCAAUGGGUUAUUUAAUGCCGACUCUUCAUAUCUAUCUAUCUUUGUCUCUAUCUAUCUAUCUAUCGGGAAUUCAUCUAUCUAUCUAUCUAUCUAUCUAUCCAUCUAUCUCAGUACAUAUGGGUUUGGUUUGGUUUGCAACAUAUCAACCUCAAUGGGUUAUUUAAUGCUGAACUCUUCAUAUCUAUCUAUCUAUCUUUGUCUCCCAUAUCAUCCAUCUAUCUAUCUAUCUAUCCAUCUAUCUAGAAUCCCAGUACAUAUGGGUUUGGUUUGGUUUGUUUUACGGCAUAUCAACCCCCUCAAUGGGUUAUUUAAUGCCGACUCUUCAUAUCUAUCUAUCUUUGUCUCUAUUCAUCUAUCUAUCUAUCUAUCUAUCUAUCAUAUAUCUAUCUAUCUAUCUCAGUACAUAUGGGUUUGGUUUGGUUUGUUUUUACGGCAUAUCAACCUCAAUGGGUUAUUUAAUGCCGACUCUUCAUAUCUAUCUAUCUAUCUUUGUCUCAUCUAUCUAUCUAUCUAUCUAUCUAUCUAUCUAUCUAUCUAUCUAUCUAUCUCAGUACAUAUGGGUUUGGUUUGGUUUGUUUUACGGCAUAUCAACCUCACUGGGUUAUUUAAUGCCGACUCUUCAUAUCUAUCUAUCUAUCUUUGUCUUCAUCUAUCUAUCUAUCUAUCUAUCUAUCUAUCUAUCUAUCUAUCUAUCUCAUACAUAUGGGUUUGGUUUGGUUUGUUUUACGGCAUAUCAACCUCAAUGGGUUAUUUAAUGCCGACUCUUCAUAUCUAUCUAUCUAUCUUUGUCUCUAUCUAUCUAUCUAUCUAUCUAUCUAUCUAUCUAUCUAUCUAUCUAUCUAUCUAUCUAUCUAUCUCAGUACAUAUGGGUUUGGUUUGGUUUGUUUUACGGCAUAUCAACCUCAAUGGGUUAUUUAAUGCCGACUCUUCAUAUCUAUCUAUCUAUCUUUGUCUCUAUCUAUCUAUCUAUCUAUCUAUCUAUCUAUCUAUCUAUCUCAUACAUAUGGGUUUGGUUUGGUUUGUUUUACGGCAUAUCAACCUCAAUGGGUUAUUUAAUGCCGACUCUUCAUAUCUAUCUAUCUAUCUUUGUCCCAUCAUCUAUCUAUCUAUCUAUCUAUCUAUCUAUCUAUCUAUCUAUCAUCCAUCUAUCUACAUAUGGGUUUGGUUUCAUUUGUUUCACGGCAUAUCAACCUCAAUGGGUUAUUUAACGCCGACUCUUCAUAUCUAUCUAUCUAUCUUUUCUCUAUCUAUCCAUCUAUCUAUCCAUCUAUCUAUCUAUCUAUCCAUCUAUCUAUCUGGUUAUCUAUCUCAGUACACAUGGGUUUGGUUUGGUUUGUUUUCGACGGCAUUAUCAACCUCAAUGGGUUAUUUAAUCUAUCUAUCUCUUCUUAUCUAUCUAUCUAUCCUUUGUCUCAACCCAUCAUCUAUCUAUCUAUCUAUCUAUCUUUUGUAUCUAUUCAUCCAUCUAUCUAUCUAUCUAUCCAUCUAUCUAUCUAUCAGUACAUAUGGGUUUGGUUUUGGUUUGUUUUACGGCAUAUCAACCUCAAUGGGUUAUUUAAUGCCGACUCUUCUAUUCAUCUAUCUAUCUUUGUCUCUAUCUAUCAAUCUAUCUAUCUAUCUAUCUAUCAUCUAUCUAUCUAUCUAUCUAUCUCAGUACAUAUGGGUUUGGUUUGGUUUGUUUUACGGCAUAUCAACCUCAAUGGGUUAUUUAAUGCCGACUCUUCAUAUCUAUCUAUCUAUCUUUGUCUCUAUCUAUCUAUCUAUCUAUCUAUCUAUCUAUCUAUCUAUCUAUCUAUCUAUCUCAGUACAUAUGGGUUUGGUUUGGUUUGUUUUACGGCAUAUCAACCUCAAUGGGUUAUUUAAUGCCGACUCUUCAUAUCUAUCUAUCUAUCUUUGUCUCUAUCUAUCUAUCUAUCUAUCUAUCUAUCUAUCUAUCUAUCUCAGUACAUAUGGAGUCAUAUCCAUCUAUCUAUCUUUGUCCCAUCAUUCCAUCUAUCUAUCUAUCUAUCUAUCCAUCCAUCUAUCUAUCUAUCUAUCUCACACAUCAACCCCAAUGGGUUAUUUAAUGCCGACUCUUUUAUCUAUCUAUCUAUCUUUGUAUUUAUCAUCUAUCUAUCCAUCUAUCCAUCUAUUCAUCUAUCUAUCUAUCUAUCCUAGUACAUAUGGAUAUCUAUCUAUCUAUCUUUGUCUAUCUAUCUAUCUAUCUAUCUAUCUAUCUAUCUAUCUAUCUAAAUUGUACAUAUGGGUUUGGUUUUAUUUUGUUUUAUACAUGCAUUCAUCAAUGAAUGGGUUAUUUUGGUCUGACUCCAUCUAUCUAUCUAUCUAUCUAUUUCAUCUAUCUAUCUACGCAGGUAUCUAUCCAUCUAUCUAUCGAUAUAUACAUAUGGUACAUAUGGGUUUGGUUUGGUUUUGUUUUAUAUCAACCUCAAUGGGUUAUUUAAUGCCGACCUUCAUAUCUAUCUAUCUAUCUAUCUUGUAUUUAUCUAUUCAUCUAUCUAUCAUCUAUCUAUCUAUCAUCACCCUGACAUAUGGGUUAUUUAACGCCGACUCUUCAUAUCUAUCUAUCUAUCUUUGUUCUAUCUAUCUGGUUUCUAUCCAGGAUAUCUAUCUAUCUAUCCAUCUAUCUAUCAUCUAUCAUCUAUAUUCAGUACAUAUGGGUUUGGUUUUUUUUUUUGGCACAUCAACCCUCAAUGGGUUAUUUAAUGCCGACCUUCAUAUUUAUCCAUUCAUCUUUGUCUCAUCUAUCCAUCUAUCUAUCUAUCUAUCAUCUAUCUAUCUAUCCCAGUACAUAUGGGUUUGGUUUCUAGAAAGCACAUCAACCCCAAUGGGUUAUUUAAUGCCGACAAUAUUAUCUAUCUAUCUUUGUUGUAUAUCUAUCUAUCUAUCUAUCUAUCUAAAACAUUCAUUCAUUGGUUUGAUUUUAUCUAUCUAUCUUUUGUCUAAUCUAUCUAUCUACAGAUUAUCUAUCUAUCUAUCUAUCCAGACAUAUGGCCGAGAAGUUCAUUCAUCUAUCUAUCUAUCUAUCUAUCUAUCUAUCUAUCUAUCUAUCUAUCUCAAUUUUUCAUCUAUCUUCUAUUACAUCAUCUAUCUAUCUAUGUAUCCAUUGGUCUGGUUUUCAUCUAUCUAUCUAUCCAUCAAUAUCUAUCUCAGUACAUAUGGGUUUGGUUUGGUUUUGUUUUACGGCAUAUCAACCUCAAUGGGUUAUUUAAUGCUAUCUAUUGGUCAUCCAUCUAUCUUGUAUCUAUCUAUCAUUAUCUAUCCAUGCAUCUAUCUUUUCUAUAUAUUAUCUAUCUAUCUCAUCUAUGGGUUUGGUUUUUUGUUUUAUGGCAUAUCAACCCCAAUGGGUUAUUUAAUGCCGACAACAUUCAUCUAUCUAUCUCUAUCUAUAUAUCUAUCUAUCCAUCUAUCCAUCUAUCUAUCUAUCUAUCAUAUUGCACAUGGGUUUUGGUUUGGUUUAUUUUCUUAUCUAUCAACCUCAAUGGGUUAUUUAAUGCAUUCACUCUUUAUUGGUCUAUCUAUCUAUCUUUGUCUCUAUCAUCUAUCUAUCUAUCUAUCUAUCUAUCUAUCUAUCUAUCUAUCCAGUACAUAUGGGUUUGGUUUGGUUUGUUUUUUACGGCAUAUCAACCUCAAUGGGUUAUUUAAUGCCGACUCCUUCAUAUCUAUCUAUCUAUCUUUAUCUAUCUAUCUAUCUAUCUAUCUAUCUAUUCAUCUAUCUAUCUAUCUAUCUAUCUAUCUCAGUACAUAUGGGUUUUGGUUUGGUUUUGUUUUACGGCACCUCAAUUUCAAUGGCUCAUUAUCUAUCUAA